AUGUUACUAUCAGCAAAAUAUGGUCUCGUUAAGCAAAAAAAAUGGAGAGGACUCCCCAUAAGAUAUUUGAGUACCUGCCUAACAGGUAUUGGAAAUCCCGAGCCGCAAUACGGCGGGACAAGGCAUAACGCCGGUUUAAUGAUGCUAGACCUGCUCAAGGAUAAAUUGGUCGACUCUAAUCGUGACAAAUCGUUUAAAAAAUGUUCUCAUGCAGCUGCAGGCUACCUAAGUGCGCCUCCCGACCUUUUGCUAAUACGGUCAGACGCUAAUUUUAUCAAUCUGAGCGGUAAAACUGUGGUACCUCUUUGGCGAAAGCUAACCAAGCACGGCAAUGUUAAGCAUGUGGUUGUUCAUGAUGAACUUAGUUUGCCGCUGGGUAAAGUGCAAUUGAGAAAGCCAGGUACAAGUUUAAGAGGUCACAAUGGUCUAAAAAGUAUUUACAGCCAUCUUGGUCAUGGUGAUUUUUAUCGACUUGCAGUUGGUAUUGGUAGACCGCUCGAAAGGGAUCCAAAAAUAGUAGCUGACUAUGUUCUGGCGAAGUUUACUCCCCAGGAACUCGCUCUUAUCCAGGCACAGGCAUUGCCGAACGCCCUGAAUCUGCUAAAAACAGUACUUUGA